CACCAUCCUCACCGACAUCGACUAUUCUACCAUGCGAAACCGCAAGAACAACAGCAAACGUCCCCAGAGACGAGAAGGCACUCCAUCCACGCCUGCCGAGUAUUUGGAGGCGAAGAGGCGAUACCUGAAGAGACAACAGAUCCGGACCAAGCAGCAGAAGAACAGGCAGCAGCCACGGCCCAUAGAGAGCUCCAAGACUGUACCGAAGAGGAGGAGGUUCUCUGCACUACUAACGUUGGCGGCGCAGAAGGCCAAACGUGAGCGUUGGGCGACAAUGGCAGCAGAAACGCAGGCGAUUGUGCUCGGGGCCGGCCAGUACGUCGAGGAGCGCCGUAUCUCUAAUGAUUCUGCUGCUCUAGCUCAAGUUCAAGAAGGCUCGGGAAACACAAGCUCUGUUGUCCGCAUAGCUCACGACAUCGCCGUCCAGAUCGAGCUCAGCCGGCAAGGCACGUCGUUCUAUCCACAUUAUUCCGAUUUGCUCGCUAGCUGGGCACAGCGGCGGCCUCUCGGCAACACACCAAAUAUAACUACCGGGACGAAGACCGCUAUUGAUUUUACACGUAGUUCGACGCUCACAGCGGCGCGGCGCUUAUCGUACGCCACCCAGAACCAGGAAACGUUUCCGCGGACAUCGCUCGGCGUGCUCUCGUUCGCGUCUUCAAAACGGCCUGGUGGAGGGUUCCUACAUGGUGGAGACGAGCAGGAGGAGACGAUCGCGCGGUUGAGCUCACUUGUCGCGAGCCUCGGCGCCCCAGUCGCGCAAGAGUUCUACAAGGAGCAUAGGAAGCACUGGAUCGAGGACGGGAGCGGCCUACAUGACCAUUCAAUGGUGUACUCGCCGGGUGUUGUCGUAUUCCGUCGUGACGUGGACGAUCGGCUGUCUCUAUGGGGAAUGGAGCUUCGCGCCGGCGCGGACGACGCGGUUGAUGGGGAGUUCAUCGCGCCGUACGCGGUGAACGUGAUCUCGGCCGUGCCCGUCAAUGCGGCGGCAGUGCGCGCGAAGCACCUCAUCUUGCCGUCAGAGGAGCAGUUGUUCGAAGACGGGAUCCGCAGCGCAAUGAAGGAACGUAUGGCGCGCACUCUCGCACUAUUGGAGGAGAAGGGCGACCGGGUGCUUGUCCUUGGUGCGUUUGGCUGCGGAUCUAGCCAGAACCGCGUCGAUGUCGUCGCGAGCGUAUGGGCGGAGCUGCUCGUGUGCGGAGACGCGCAGGACGGGGGCGAUGCAAGGUUUAAGGAUACUUUUGAGCGCGUUGUGUUUGCGCUGCCGAAGCGGCUGUAUGAGCCGUUCAAGCAGGCGUUUGAGAUGAGGAUACUUGAGGAGCAGGUAGUGAGGGCAACGAGUGCGAAUGAUGAUUCGUGAUGGACUGUUUCAGCGUUUGGGGGUUCUAUCGUUCUCUGCAUUGCCUUGUUGCUUACUUAUUGCUGUACACAGGCACAUGCAGACACGGGUAAUGGCUGGUGUACUAUAGUUCGGCUAUGUUUAUACGUUUUUAUGAAUCGUCAUCCGAUUAAAUGGGACCCCGGGAUCUCGUUCGCAAGACUUACUUCUCGUCGUAAGACGGAAUACGAAAAGUUAGCCAUUGUUGGGAACAUAAUGG